ACCACGAAGCAGCGAAUUGUUUUCAUAGUGGCAAUCUCGUAAUUUCAUAGUCGUUAAACCUCCUUUGCCUCCACAGACCUCACCACCAGCACUAACCCGAGAAUUAUACCCGUUAAUGGCAGCCAUGGAAACUGCCCACAGAUUCUCACUUCGUCUCUUUCCGUUAUUGCAAUCCGAAAGGUCCCUAAGACCCAGCAUUCUCACCCCGAUACUCCGGAAUUGUCGGACGCCCAUAUUCGGACAUCUCGACCCGAAACAACCCCCGAACGCCAUCUUCACGACCCGGAGAACUUACAGUCCUCGGUCGCCCUCGAUGGCCAGAGCGGGCUGGCUUCUGGGUCUCGGAGAAAAGAAGAAGACGAGCUUGCCCGACAUAGUCAAAGCCGGCGACCCGGUUUUGCACGAACCCGCACGAGAAGUUGAGCCCGGCGAAAUCGGGUCGGAUAAGAUCCAGAAGAUCAUCGAUGACAUGAUUUCCUCAAUGAGAAAGGCUCCUGGAGUUGGUCUCGCAGCUCCCCAGAUUGGAAUUCCAUUAAGGAUAAUAGUUCUGGAAGAUACAAAAGAGUAUAUUAGUUAUGCACCCAAGGAAGAGAUUAAAGCACAAGAUAGACGGCCUUUUGAUCUUCUCGUGAUCAUUAACCCCAAGCUUAAGAAGAAGAGCAACAAGACUGCACUCUUUUUUGAAGGGUGCUUAAGUGUGGAUGGAUUUAGGGCAGUGGUGGAGAGAUAUCUUGAUGUUGAGGUUGAUGGUUUAGAUCGUUAUGGAAAUCCUGUCAAAAUAAAUGCUUCAGGAUGGCAGGCCCGUAUUCUACAACACGAGUGUGAUCAUUUGGAGGGGACUAUUUAUGUUGAUAAGAUGGUUCCUAGAACAUUCAGAACUGUAGACAACUUAGAUUUACCUCUUGCUGAUGGAUGCCCCAAGCUUGGUGUCCGGUAGUUUGGAUGAUUUAAAGGCUUACGUUACAAGUUUGUUUUGCACUUUGAUGAGAUUCUCAUACUGCUCAAGUCAAGUUCAUUUUGUUGCUGUGGAAGAUGCACAACAGCAUCGCAAAACGGCUACUCUUUUCAACAUUAGGUGUCAUUUUUCAGGAGAUUUGUUGUAAUGUUUCGGGGUAUAGUUUUUGGGGAUAUUUCAGGCUAUCUUCUUGAAUUGGCACUAAAGGCAGCUUGUAUUAUAAUUAAUGUUUCUGAACGGGGGAUUUCCCCCACUUUGUAUUGAAGACUGCCGCCAUAAGAACACUUUUCUUUCCUAGUACAACUUCGACCUUUCUAAGGAUUCACACUCUAAACUAUAUAAUUAUGAGAGAAUUACACACUUUUUAACAAAUAUUAUAACAUUUACUACCCUGAUCACAUUACAAUGUGAUCAAAAAAUCGUGUACAACGAUAAAAGACCGAAUAUGUUUAACUGCUUUGUAGGAUUGAAUAGGUUUCUGACGAGCCAUACUUUUUAAUGAAGCCUUCACUAGGAAAAAUGGAAACAGGUGGAUAUACUACACCCGAACUUGUGCCAUAAGCUUCCCAACAAAAAGCUCUGGUCCUUUUCCCCUUGCGUGACCAAAGCUGAAUAUCUUCUAAAUAUAACCCUUCACAUGGCAUGCUAUUACUGCAAGAAAAUUUUAUUGCUUCCUCUGUAGCUGAAGUCCCUCUAAUGUGCAUGAAAGAAAUAUU